AUGCGGGAGGCGUGCGGGAAGCGUGGGGGGAGAGUGGUCUGGCUGGCGGGGGAGAAGGCCUUGGCCCGCGCGCUCGCUGUCGCACUCCACACCCUCUGCGCCUGGGCUCUGUCAGUGCUGCCAGGGCGAUUGAGGCCAAGGGAGGAGGGCGCGGCGAUGGAGAAAGGGAAGGGGGCGUGGGCGGAAUGGGCGGCGCAAAUGCAUGGUGCGCUGGCGAGGCACCAUCACGUGCGCGGGCGACUGCUGCGGCGGCUGCCUCUAGCAUCGUUCAACCCAGCACCCCUGCUGUCGUCACGGCUGAAUCUCGCCCCCUCGCCGCCCGCAACCGUUACUCCCGCGGCUUCCCACUGCCCCUCGCCCUCACCGCGCAGUGCUGCAGCGGAAGGCGCAGCAGAAGCGCUCAUAUGCGCGGCAAGGUUGGCGGAGGAGGAAGCGCGCGGCAGCGACACGUCCACGCCCACCGGAUGGCGCGGCCCCGCCACGCCCAUCGCGUGCUUCGCUGACAGCAGACCGCAGCAGGUACGCAGGAGUUGGCGUGUAGCGUGCGAGGAGUCGCGGCACGUGACGGCGGACGGCAUUCGCGACGCGGAGAUUUCCGAGGAUCGCGCGUUCCGUGCGUCAGGCGCUCCCCGUCGAUCCCGCUUUGCCGCUGCGCCCGGCCCCGCGGGAGGGUUACCAACGGGAGGGUUACAGUCGAUCGCAAGUUCUCGAGGCGCAUUUAGCGAGGAUGGGCAGGGGGUUGCAUCAGCGAAGCGGCGAGUGCAGGGGCCGUGGAGGCAGCACUCCUCAUUCUUGCUGCGAUCCGUCGAUCAUGCCGCUCUUCACUCUCUCCCGCUCCGCUCGUCUUCGCCCUCCUCCUCCUUCUCGCCCUCUUUCCGUGCCUCCUCGUCGCAUUGGCGGGCCUCCGCGGUUCCUGCAAGUUCGGCAGGAGGCUCGGCAGGCUCCAUCUCGUUAGAAGCUGACGCGUUAAUGGGUACGGGCGCGGCGCAAGAGGCGGCUCUGGCGGAGAAAGCGAUCGCGCGAGCGGCGGCGGGUGUUGGUACUGGCGCAGGCGCGUUGACUGUAGCGGGGGGUGGACGAGACGACAGGCGUAGAGAUUCAAACGUAAUCGAUAAUCUUACCUCUCGUGCUGCCCCAUCCUCCAGUGAUUCUCGACAGCUAGCUCUUCUUCAAGCUAAUACGCGUCACAAGACAUCUUCUGCAGCUUCGAAAGCGUCUAACUCCCACCCCCUCACUCCCGGUCCUCCGCCGUCUUCUCCGUCCCUCCGCCUGUCGUCCCCCGCCUCCCCCCGCGCGCUCCCCCUCCGCCGCCGCCCGUUUCUGUUCCCCCUCCGCCUCCUCCGCAUGAGGAAUCCGGGAGUGCGGGCGGCAAGGCCCGUCGCGUAUUCUGACAUGGUGGCAGCGGUGAAAGCGGGGAGAGUUAAGAACGCGGCUAUGGAGGAGAGCUCGAACCGCAUCUGGUUCAACAUGCAUAGUCAAAGCGCUGCUGACGUGGCCUCGGCUGCUGCUGAUGCAUCUGCUACUGGUGUCACCGCCACAUCUGCUGCAGUAUCUGAUCAACUAGCUGACAAGAUGGAAGCAGCAACAGCAGCACCAGCAGCACCAGCAGCACCAGCAGCAGCAGCAGAGACUGACAUUGAAAUUGCGCUUACAAGCACUCCUACGGCUGCCGUCGCUGCCGGUUCUGCCAGUGCUGCCACUCCUGCUCUUGCUCCCGCUCCCAUUCCUCCUGCUCUCACCUCCCCACCGUCUCUCCUCCCGCCCUCUCCCACCCACGCCUCCUGGCGCUCCUUCCUCGUCUCCCUCGGCCCGCCCUGGUCCUCCCUCGUGCGUCUCCCAGCCGAUCCCCCCUUCGCCUACGUCUCCCGUCGCAUUCACAACGACGAGUCAUUCCUCCUCCCCCUCCUCAUCACUCACAACGUGCGCGUCGCCUCCGUCCCAGUCCCAGCCUCCCAAACCCUCCGCACCGUUCUGUUAACCGCGCUCACCGUUUGGAUACCCGUUGCACCGCUGAUUUACCUCAUGAUGAAGCAGCUGAAUGGGGGGAGGGACGGCGGGUGGCGACGGGGGGGAGGGGGCAGGGGUGCGGCCGGAGGGAAGGGUGGAGGGAAAGGGGGAAAGCGAGGAGCAGGAGGAGCGAGGGGGGCGGCAGGGGAGGUGAGAUUCGAAGAUGUAGCUGGGGUGGACGAGGCGAAGCGAGAGCUCAUGGAGCUAGUUCAGGGCAUCAAAGGAGCUGGCGCGUUUGCUGCUAUGGGCGCACAUAUCCCCAAGGGGGUCCUCCUCAUCGGCCCCCCUGGCACGGGUAAAACCCUCCUGGCCCGCGUGGUAGCAGCAGAGGCGGAUGUGCCGUUUUUCGCUGCGUCUGCGAGUGAGUUUGUCGAGAUGUUUGUUGGGAGAGGCGCGGCCCGCGUGCGGGAGCUGUUCCGAGAGGCGAGGAAGGCCGCUCCGGCGAUCGUUUUCAUAGAUGAGAUUGACGCGGUGGGGGCGCGGCGCGGCGCGAGCAGCAACGACGAGCGGGACCAAACCCUCAACCAGCUGUUGACAGAGCUGGAUGGGUUUGAUUCGCCCGAUGAUGGGGUGCUGCUGCUGGCUGCUACUAACCGGCUGGAUACGCUUGACCCGGCGUUGACUCGCUCGGGGAGGAUUUCGAGAAGGGUGAUGGUGCCUCUGCCUGAUGUGGAUGGGCGGAGGGAUAUUCUGAGAGUGCACAUGCGGAGGAUGGGAGAGAGGAUGAAGGGAAGGAGGAGCGGUGCGGGGGAGGGGCGAGUGGGAGGAGGUGUGGUAGGGGGUAGAGGCGGAAUUGGAGGAAGAGUGGGGAGUGUGUGGGAUUUGCUGGGGGCGGAGGAGGAAGAGGAGGGGAUGAGGACGGUGGUUGCGCGGUAUUCAGAGGGGUUCUCAGGGGCGGACCUGGAGAACGUGGUGAAUGAAGCUGCAUGGCUUGCUGCCAGAAGUGGCGAGGCACGGGUGAGUCUGGACCAUUUCCUCGACGCGGUAGAGCGCACUCGCAAUGGCAUCGGCAUCACCACCACCACCACUGGCCUUCGCAUCAAGCCCCGUGCCCGUGGCAGCAGCAGCAGCAGCAGCAGCAGCCCCCUGCUUGGGUUUCUAUCCCGUGCCCUUGGACCGUUGGCACAGCAGCAGGAGAAGGAUGUGCCUGCGCGUGCCAUCUCACCCGGGAUCUGA